CCCUUUGACACGUAGUGGAAAUUCCGCCUCGCCAGCACUUAUGAGCCCGAUAUAAACCGCCUCCUGCCGCCUUUCUCUCUUCUGUAAGGAGACUCAACAACCACCACCGCCUCCCCGUCAACAACAACAUGAGCUCCGCCGCAGCGCCCAUCUUCAGCAAGGGAGAGGACUGCAAGACCUCCUGGCACGACGCUAGCGCCGGCUACGAUGAGACCGACACUCACCUGGAGAUCAUGGGCAAGCCCGUGAUGGAGCGCUGGGAGACCCCGUACAUGCAUUCCCUGUCGACCGUCGCAGCCUCAAAAGGCGGUCGCGUCCUGGAGAUCGGCUUCGGCAUGGCCAUUGCCGCCACCAAGCUGGAGUCCUACCCCAUCGAGGAGCACUGGAUCAUCGAGUGCAACGACGGCGUCUUCGCCCGCCUGGAGGAAUGGGCCAAGUCUCAGCCCCACAAGGUCGUCCCUCUGAAGGGCCUCUGGGAGAACGUCGUUCCCACGCUGCCGGACAACCACUUUGACGGCAUCCUCUACGACACCUACCCUCUGUCAGAGGAGACGUGGCACACACACCAGUUUGACUUCAUCAAGGGUCACGCUCACAGGAUGCUGAAGUCCGGCGGCGUCCUGACCUACUGCAACCUGACCUCCUGGGGAGAGCUGCUGAAGACCAAAUACGACAACAUCGAGAAGAUGUUUGAGGAGACCCAGGUGCCCAGUCUGCUGCAGGCCGGCUUCAAGAAGGACAAGAUCAGCAGCACCACCAUGGACAUUGCACCGCCCGCCGAGUGCAAAUACUACGCCUUCAAUAAGAUGAUCACGCCGACCAUCGUCAAGGACUGAAGGCCAACGCUUUGGUUCUUCUUUUUCCACAAUGUGCCUUCAAGACUCUGCUGACCGCCGUCUGACGUUCAAUAAACACGACUCAGACCCCCA